AUCUGGGAGGAAUUGAACCUCCAACCUUCCGGUUAUGAGCCGGGUGCUCUAACCACUACAGACCCUAACUUUAAACUAUUAUACAUUUUGAAAGAAGACUCCUAUCAAAUGGUCGGAAAGGCAGGAAUCGAACCUGCACCUCAUGUUAAAAAGGAAACCAUUAUUUCUGAUAUUCAAAAUAACUUUCAAAAUUCCCAAGCCGUUAUUUUUUACAACUUUCAUCAAGCCUUACCAACGCUUUCUUUGCCAUUAAAGCAAGCCAAUGCCUUAAUUUUUUGUCAAGAAGAUGAGUAUAAGCCUCUUAAUAUUUUAGCCCAAUUUAACAAAGAAUAUCCUAAUAUCAAAAGAUUCCAAGGGGGAAUUUACAAUCAAAGUUUGGUUGACAAUACUCUUUUAGAAAGAUGA